UCAUAUUAUAUCGUUGUGAGUUUGGUUAUCUCACUCAAACAGUAAACACAAAAUUAACCGCACUGGAUAUUUCACUGCAUUAUCAUGGAUCUCUCGGAACUAUAUGGUUUCUGGAUUAUGUUAUUUCUGUCUUUAUGGGAAUCUUCGCUUGGUCAGAUUGUAUUUUCGGUCUCCGAGGAGGUAAAUAAAGGAACCGUGAUCGGGAAUAUAGCAAAAGACAUCAGGAUGAGUGCUCAGGAACUUGAAUCCCGCAUGUUUCAGAUUAUGCCUGGAUCAAAUGCAAAGUAUUUUGAUGUAAAUGUGAAAACGGGGUCGCUGUUUGUUAAAGACAGGAUUGAUCGUGAGGAGUUGUGUGGCGUUAAUCAGAAAUGUGCACUGAAUUUAGAGGCUCUUGCUCAGAAUCCUCACAGACUUUAUCGACUUGAAAUUGUAAUAAUAGAUGUGAACGACAAUGCUCCAGUUUUUCCUAACAGCACGUAUAUUCUCAGCGUUACGGAAAAUGCGAAUGAGGGGGACAGAUUUCCUCUUCCAAUUGCAAAAGAUAUAGAUGUCGGCAGCAAUUCUCUAAAAGACUACAAACUGAGCUCAAAUGAGCAUUUUUCCUUAGAUGUUCAUAAGGGUCAACAGAGUUCAUUAGCUGAAUUAGUUCUACAGAAAACUUUAGACAGAGAAAAUAAAAAGGUCUAUGUAUUCUGCUUGUGUGUGGUAAUUAUAUAUCAGCUCAUGCAGUGCCUAGGUGGCACUAAGCUUUUGACUUUGACAGUGCAAAUCUGUUGGACUUUUUUGUACACCUGCUCAUCAGUGUAAUGGUGUUUAUUAUUUUAUAUUACUUUAAGAAAUCUGGUAAUGUGUUUUGUUUAUAAAUCACAAAUAAAGUUUUCUUUCAUAAGUAUUUAA